AUGGACACACAGAAAGAUCAAGACCAAGAGGAAAGCGAGGCCCCUCUUGCUGGAGAUUACGCAUGCGAAUGCAUGAAACAAAGCAACUGCAUUGAGGUUUUUGAAAAUGCCAAAAAAUACAAAAAGGCAUGCCGGGAGGGAUUUGAGCAGCGCGUCGGAGAAGUGAUGGACCAAGCAAAGAGUCAAAACUCCACCUCUACAAACUCAGGCUACCACUACACACCCUGCCACCACUGCAAUACCUUGGUUCCCGAGACUACUGCUUUGGAAGAGAAAAUUGUUAAACUCGAGCAAAAGUUCGCCAUCAUGACCCUAGAAGCCGAGAAGCAAAACCGGCAAAGAGAUCAUCAAGAGGCCACAGCCCUGAAUGGGAAAGUCGCCAUCCUUGAACAAAAGGUUGACGCCAUGACUGCAGAAGCUGAGAAAGCAAGAACGAAGAGACGAAACCACGAGACUACACCCUUCGAAGAGCAAGACGCCACUCCUGAGCAAGAUCUCGCUGCCAUGACGACAGAAACCGAAGAGGAAAGCCUCAUAGUCUCUACGUCGACGCUCUCAGAAAGUCUCUCUCGCUUCGACCAAAUAGUCAUCACCAUGCUGCGUGAAAACGCCAAGUUGGCAUCCCAGGGAAACCUCUUCACUGAUACAUCUGCGCUUUCAUAUAUGAUCUCAAGUAUCAAGACAAGGAUCUCUUUGAUCAAGUAUAAAGUUGACAUUCUUGUCGCGACCUCGCACGUCGAAAAGCGGGGAACGAAUGUAAACCUCAAAACCGACGCCAUGACAUCCUCCGAGAGGCUCUCCGAUUUGAGCCAAAAGGUUGACUACAUGGUCACAAAAGCCGAGUGGGAAUGGGAGAACAGGUACUCAGGGCACCCCUCCAAUAUGUCUAGUAUGAUGUUUACGGAUAUGUUCGUCCAUGUUAAUCGAAUGAUCGAUGGAGCUGUGGCCGUGCCAGAAGCUGAGUGGAAAGCGACCAUGGAGGAGAGAAAGCACAGCGGCUCCGUUCUUUCAUUUAAGAUUCCCGGUCCUGAAAAGCCGGAGGCAUACGCUUUUGAAGGAUCACACACGAGCGAGGAUUUGGCAGACGAUGAGACUGAGAUGGAGGCCCCUUCUGGCGGUGCAACACCGAGCGAGAGCAACUUUUCUUUGCUCGAGCUUACAGAUACGGAUACCCUUGAUAUCUGA